AGGAACCUCCCUCAUACACAUAGGAAGAAAAAGGACAGCAACUACAACAACAAACCCCUUUUUUUUAGCCUCGGCUUGCUUCAUAAUUGUAUCGAAAUGGCUGCAUCUGCGACUCUUCAUCUCCAUAACGUCAUUGGCGGCAACGUAAAGCAGGCGAGGUUUGACCGCCAGCUGCGCCUCUGGGGGACAGAUGGGCAGGCGGCGCUGGAGGCCGCCCACGUCGUCGCCGUUGGUGCCACACCCGCCAUCGCAGAGGCGUUGAAGUCGCUGGUCCUGACGGGUGUGACGACCGUCACGUUGGUGGAUGAGCGCACGGUGACGGCGGAGGACCCGGCGACGAACUACUUCGUGCCCGCCGCAUCAGUGGGAAAUUCACUCGCCACGGCCGUGCUGACAAGCGUGUGCGCAUUAGGGGAGCAGUGCACCGGCAUAUCCGCCGCGGUGGCGCCGGAAGCGUGGGUGAAUGCGUAUGUUGGAGCGGUGGAACAGGACUGGCAAGCGGGCAGUCUGCACAGCGCUGUUUCAAGCGCAGAGAUGAAAGCACCUCUUUUCUGCGAACCGUCCGGCACCCUGGACGAAGAAAUGACCGAGGACGUGUCCGCGUUGCGGAAGUUUGUGCAGCGUUUCCCUGUUGUUGUGGCAGGCGACGUGUCCGCGUCUUCUUCUUCUUCGCUCGUGCAAAUCCCGUCGCCGUCGCUGAUCCUAGUGAGCGAGCGUUACACCGACCUCUCGCCCACCUCCUCGCUCGUUCAAACGUGUCUCCACCGAUGCUACCCGGAUGUCCCUGUUGUACUGGUGCGUAGCAGCGGGCUACUCGGGUUUCUGCAGGUGUACUGCCCGCCGCGCGUCAUUAUCAGCCCGCACAACCCGACGCAGGUCAAGAUGGACGAUCUGCGCAUCUUUCAGCCGUUUCCGGCCUUGAAAGCGUGGUUCGACGCGCAUAACCCCGACGAUGGCACGCAGUUCCCGACGGGCGACGUGGAUGCUAUGUCCCUGCACAGCCAUUUGCCGUACCCCUGCAUCUUGUAUCACGCGUUUCGUCGGUGGUGGUCAUUCUUAUCGGCGAAGGAGCAGACCGAGCUGCAGUGCCACACAUCCUGCGCUGCUUCUUCGUCGCCUUCGCUUUUCCCGUUGUCAUCGAAGAGCUAUCACGACAUCGCGAACGUCACGGCUGGGUUGAUACGCCGUCAGUCUCCGCCCGAGGAGGCGUUUCUGGAGGCGAUGGAAAAGUGUACGGCCAAGCUGAACAGACCCGUGGUGCAGCAGCUGCCAGAGGGGCUUCACACGCUUUUCAACGACCCGCACUGUGCGGAUCCGCUGCUGGCGGUAGCCGAGGUGCAGGCGCGGCUUUUCCCUGUCGCGCAAGCGGACGGCACAUCCGCCGUGCCACUGACAGCCGCAUCGGCGUUGUUGUUGCAACUGUGGACGCGUCCGGAGGUGCUGGUGUGGUUUGUACUCCGCGCCGUGCAGCUCUUCGUGCAUGGUGAGAUCGGGUGUGGAGAGCAGUCCGUGGAAUCUGCCGAGCCUUCCAAUCAUGGCAACGAGGAGGCUCCGUUAAGGGCGACCCCGCUGCCUCCCUCUUCAUUUUCUCCCUACACGCUUCCCUUCUCUGGGUAUUUGCCAGAUUUUACGACGACGACGAUGUGGUACCGCGAGCUGCAGGACAUUUAUCAUGCGAAGCACCAGGAGGAUGUGGCGUGCAUAGCGGAUGCAGCGUGGGGGAUGGUGCUGCAGGCUGUGGAGGCAACAAUAGCAGGCACAGACGACGAAGUAGACAGUACUAAGACACCACCGCCGGUGCUGUUGCAUGAGCAGUUGAGCCGCGCAGUGCGGCCACUCCUCAUCAAGCUCACCAGCACGAUGGUGACCAACAUCUGGGAUCUGCGAUCAGUUGCGUUCUCGGUGGACUACCUGGCGACAGAGGAGUCGGCAUGGCGGCAGCGUCUGGGUCGUCGACUCCUAUGGAUUACGCAUCACAUCGUCUAUGACAUGGAGGGUAACGCAAGCGCACGCCGUGCCGCGUGUAUGGCGGUUGCUUACUUGUGCAAGGAGGAGCUCCAGCGAUCCGCCGCCGCCGAGCAUCGUGUGACGGGGCAGGAGAUUGCAGCGGAGGCGGGGCACCUCGCCUUGUUGGCAAACACGUCGAAUCCAGAGGCAGAGAACGCAGCAACCGCGACGACGGGGUCCGCUGAGGGUUCUCGGGCCUGGUUGGUGGAGAAUGCAACGACGGACACGCUCUUUGCAAAGGCGUGUGAGGAGGUGGCGCGUUGGAACGGGAACGGCGCUGGGGCGAGCGUGCAGCUGCCCUCCGUUGCUGCGUCCACCGGCGCGUUAGCAGCGCAGGAGGCGGUGAAGCUGAUCAUGCGCAUUCGCGUACCGUGUGGGCGGCCAAUGAUGUACGACGGCUACACAAACAAAAUCUACACCUUGUGA